GUGCUCCAGGUGUUUUUUAAGUUGCCGCUCUACAGAAUAAUUUCAUUCCACUUAAAAGACGUUAGUGAGAGUGCAGCUUCUGCAAUGGGGCUCAAAACAAACCUGGCCGUAGCCGCUGGUCUCCUUCUCUUGGCUGUUGUAGUUGUGGUUCCACCAGCAACUCUCCUUUCUCCUCGAACGUCCCAGUUCAGGGCAACAUUCAGGCAGAAAUGUCAGGCUUUCCCAGAAACCAGCCAAAGAUGUGAACAGUUAUUAAGUAUGUUUGAGGAAGCCUAUGUCGGACAAGAUCCAUGUAACUUUCCAGAUGAAGCUUACCAUCCGCUCUUUGUGGAGAACCCCUUCAUACAUUCAUGUGACAAGACAAUGUUCUGGAGCGACACAAAGGAUCUGGUGCAUCAGUUCUGUAAGGGAAGGAAUCAUUUCGUCUCCCUGGAGAACUCGCUGUUAGGGAACAUUAUGGACGGCCUGACAUGGUGUGGAAAGAAGAGCAGCAAAGACACAUUCUUCUAUUUGUGCGAAAAGUGUGAUAUCAACACCGUGUCUUCAUUCUGGGUCAGAGCCUCUGCAGAGUUUGCAGACUAUGCAUGUGGAAAUGCCAGUGUUCUGCUAAACGGAGCGAUAAGCAAACCAUUUGAUCCCACCAGUUACUUUGGAGCCGUCGAAGUUAGGAAACUCGCCUUUCCCAGAGUGCAGAGCCUGACUGUUAUUCUUGUUAUCAAGAAUAAUAAUGCAGAUUGUAGCCACGAGUCUCUGCAGGUUUUACGAAACGUUCUGGAUCCAAAUGUUACUCUCCACUGCCGUUCGGUUACUGAAGCCAAGCUACUGGAGUGUGUAGAAGCAGGUACAACCACUGAUGCCUGUUGGACUUAAAACUACAAGCUGCAAAGAGAUAUCUUAACAACUUAAUUAUAUGUAACAUAUUUUAUUACCAUUCAUAAUUUGUAUUUUAUAGGUAGUAUUUUGUGUUAUAAAAGUGCAUUUUGUCACUUAUUCAAAUUAAACCAGAAUAUUCAAUGUACCUUAUUGAGAUUUUAGGGUAUAAACUAAAUUAUUCCUCAUUAUGAGGUAGAGAGGAACCAAUGCAAGGUUACAAAGAUAUUUUAGGCAAUUACUUUAAAAUCAGCCCCUUUACUCUGAUAACUAUAAAUGAAAUCCAGCACAACCAAUUACCUUUAGAUUAAUAACAGAGUCCAUUUAUGUGUGCUUUAAUCUCAAUAUAAAUCCAGCUGUGGAAGCUGCAGCUAAAUGCAGGAUAAUCCCGGCAGAAAACCUUAGAAGCUGCAAAAGAACUGAAACUGGAGACGAGAGUCGGCUUCCAGCAGGACAAACAUAUAAUGGGAUAAAUAUUAUUAUUUAUGAGUCAGAAUAAACAGUUAAUUAAAAAGAAGUAAUAAAUAGAUUUUAUUGUCACGGUAGUACCACAAAAGAAAAUCUGAAUACAACUUAAAGUCCAUCGCCCAGCCCUAAAACACAGUUAUUUAUGUUCUACAAAAACAUAAAUAUUAGAAAACGAGUUUUUUUUUAUAUCUACAUGUAUUUUCUGCACAGUUUGUGGUGGUAACAGGAAAAUGGUUCAUUCAUAGUUUUUAAAAAGGACUAAAAUGUAAUCAAAUGAAAAUAUCUCCAUAAAAAAACCUAUUAUUUUUAUGAAGUAUUUCUAUUCUUUAAUUAUGGAGUAGAAAUUUAAUCACAGUUUCUUGCCAAGCUUUCUAAGUUGCACUGGUGUAAAUGAAUAAGCCAGACCUGAUAAGUUACCUAUUGUAGCAAGAUAUUGAUUAUUAAUAAACCAC